GAGAAUUACUUGAGCUAGCGCAUUUAACAGAGAAGAUGGUGGGCCCAUUCAUGCAGGGCAUUCUGCUGAUAGGCAUUAUCUAUUGGUAUUCGAAGAGCAUGAUGUCCAUGAUUAAUGAUUAUUAUCGUAGCGAAUUUCAACGUAAACUUCAAGCGGCAGGCGAGGCAAAGGCCGUCGAGGAGACACCCCUAAAUGUGGACAACUUUAUGAACUAUGUGCGUGAGCUGGAAACUAAGGAGCAGCCAACGAAGCAGGCAGCUCCCAUCGUUACAGAAAACUCCAUUGAGCCAAAUACAGGAAAAACGCAAAAGCUGCUAUAUUUCCUCUACAUCACAGGCGUCCAUGGCUUGCCUGAUCUUUGUAGUGCUGCAGACAGUCCCAUAAGCUAGUUAUAUAUAUAUGAU